AUGGAUACUACUGAAAGCAAUAGACAAGAAGAAGAAGCAUUACCAUUGCCGAAAAAAAAAAGUUUACCUGAGGAAUUUUCACAUCCAAUGGGUGAUGAUUCAUGCAUGAAAGAUAGUGGUAUUGGGACCACGUAUUUUGCAACCUCAUCCGGUUCGUCGUCUAACAAUACAAGUCCUGAAUCCGACAAAGAUUUACUAUUAUUGUCACAGAACAAUAAUAAAACACCAAAACCUUUGGCUAAAUCCAAACUCGACGCUACAUCCACUCCGGCAACAGAAAUCAAACGUUACAAAUUGAACCGAGACAUUCCCAAAAAGCUUCUAUUAUCCAGUAAUAUUCAUAAUAGCAGUACAGAAGAUACGGUGUGUGAUAAUGCAUCGAUCGUUUCGGAAUACAAAAUAUCACCAACAGUACACUACGAUCAACAACAAUUAUUAAAUUCCACAAAAACUAACCUAAUCCAUAAUCAGAAAUCAUGGAAAUCCAAUUUGAACGACCCUGACAAUUCUAUGAAUCUAUGGACAAAACCAGCGAAACAAGCAUUGAAUACAUCAUCAGUCAAGUUAAAUCUAUGCGUGGCUGAUCUGAUUGAUACGGCCGGAGAAAAUAAAAAAGCCGCUUCGAUUAGUAAUGUAGGAAAUAAUAAGGAAGUGGUUAGUGGUAGAAGAAGACAACGACGUAUGCAUACGUGUGAACGUCCAUUUGAAUGUAAAUACUGUUCCAAAGGCUUUUCAACACGUAGCGGUGUGAAUACACAUGAACGUACACAUACAGGACAAAGACCAUAUGUUUGUCGUGUAUGUGGUAGACGUUUUGCUGCGGGUUCCAAUCUUAUUUUCCACAAAUAUACUCAUACAAAUACACGUAAACAUGUCUGCAGUCAAUGUCCAAAAGCAUUUGUAACGCCCGGUGACUUACGGAAACAUGAAUAUAUGCAUACAGGAAAAUGGCCGUACAGAUGUCAUCUAUGCGAUCGAGGUUUUGCCACGGAGCGUAAUUUGAAAUCACAUGAAACUACUCAUUCAGGACGAAAACCACAUGUAUGCAGUGUAUGCGGCAAAGGUUAUGCCCAAGAAAGCUCCAUGAAAACACAUAUGCGUACACAUCAAAAAAAUGAAAUCACGACGAAGAGUAAAAAACCAGUCCAGAGUGCACCAAUUAAUCCGAACGAUUUAUUUAUAAAUUUGCCAAGUGUUUCCGGUGCUACACCUUCACACUCUAAAAGUGCCGAAACACGAGUUAGAAAAUUAAGACUGGCAAAUAACGGUGCAGAAUUGAACCGUUCUGUUUCGAGACCACUUACUAUACCAUACAGCGGUAUACUUUCACCUGACCAAGCGAAUUCGUUCAAUAUUUCAUCCCAGGUGACAUAUACCUACCAAGAUCAAGACCAUGCAUCGGCAUUUUCCGUACCGAAGGAACGCAUAAAUCCAUUUUCGGAAUUGCCGAAUCCUAUUUUUCGCCAAUUAAAUCAAUCGAUCCCAGUGAAUUAUGGUUCAGUGUCCGCCAUGUCCCCAACAUUUCCAUCGUCUACAAUUCCGUCCACAUUCAAUUUACCAGAGAAUCAAUUAUCGCAGUUAUAUGAAAAAUACCAAUCUUUUUACAAUUUUUAUGUAAAAGCAAUGAGCAGUCCAGCAUCGAUGCAAUCGCACAGUCAAAUUAUGCCAAACUCUCUCGUGUACAAUAUUCCAAUUGAUUUUAAUAAGCAAAAUACACCUGUCAUGCCCAACACAUGUACAUAUUCUGCGGAUGGAAAUUUAUUAAAACCAUUCCAUCAGAUGAUGUCCAUCAAUGAAAAUCAAUUCCCGGUGCUAUCACAACCACCCUCGGGUAUUCUAUCUCAAGUACAACAAAAUUUCUCGAAUAUCAACAAUUCUUGUAAUUGGUCAGUCAAUACAAAUUAUAAUUUCUCUAGUUUAGGUUUACAAAAUAAUGUAUUCUAUAAUUACCAUGGUGAUGGUAAUUCUUUCCCUAGAUUAAUUUCUAAUUCUAUAAUUAACAGUUGUUCGAAUAAUAAUACUACUGAUAAUAAUAACAAUAAUAAUAAGAAUAAUAGUUAUAUCAGUAGUCACUGUAACACAACUGCAGAAAACCAGCACGAUACAGUGGCUCUAGAUUAUUCCAACAAAACUUUAUCGAAAUACGAUACAAGCAGUUGA